AUGGCUCCAACCAAAACACCUAUAAUUGCUAAAUCCUUUGAUUAUUUAGUUAUCGGAGGAGGAUCCGGUGGAGUUGCAUCAGCUCGUCGUGCCGCUAAAUAUGGAGCAAAAGUAUUACUUAUCGAUGCUAAAUUUAAAAAAUUAGGUGGAACAUGUGUUAAUGUGGGAUGUGUUCCUAAAAAGCUUAUGUGGUAUGCCGCUUCUGCAGCUCACGGAAGACAUCAUUUAAAAUCUUAUGGUUUAAGUGAAAAUGAUGAUGAUGAAGUUAAGUAUGGUGAUUUCAAUUGGGCAAAGUUUAAAGUCAAGAGAGAUGCUUAUGUUAAGAAUUUGAAUGGGAUUUAUGAACGUAAUUUGAUUAAAGAAGGGGUUGAGUAUAUGUUUGGGUUUGCAAGAUUUAUAAAUUCAGAUGGUGAUGUUGAAGUCACAUUGAGUGGUGAUCAAGAACUUGGAUUUUUAGAUGAAGGUAAAUCAUAUAAAAAGGAUGAGAAAUUAGUAUUUCAAGCCAAACAUAUUUUAAUUGCUACUGGUGGUACAGCUAUUAUUCCUCCUAGUGUUCAAGGUAGUGAAUUGGGUAUUACAUCAGAAGGAUUUUUUGCUUUAGAACAUCAACCAAAAUCAGUAGCCAUUGUCGGUGCUGGAUAUAUUGGAGUUGAAUUUUCUGGAGUUUUUAAGAGUCUUGGUACAGAGACCCAUUUUAUUAUUAGAGGUGAUACUGUAUUGAGAUCAUUUGAUGAUUUGAUUCAACAUACUAUUACUGAUUAUUAUACUGAUAAAUUAGGAGUUAAUAUUUACAAGCUGUCAGGAGGAGUUACUAAAGUUGAAGUCGAUAAAGAUGGUAAGAAGGUUGUUCAUUUAGGAAAUGGUAAAAUAGUUGAAGCUGAUGUAUUGAUUUGGACAGUUGGAAGAAAAUCUUUAGUUGAUCUUGGAUUAGAUUUGGCAGGCGUUGAACUUAACCAAAAGAAACAAAUCAUUGCUGACGAAUUCCAAAAUACAGCCAAUCCAAAAAUCUUUUCAUUAGGCGAUGUUGUGGGUAAAGUUGAAUUAACUCCAGUUGCCAUUGCUGCUGGUCGUAGAUUAUCCAAUAGAUUAUUUGGACCUGAAAUCUAUAUUAAAGAUAAAUUAGACUACAAUAAUAUCCCUUCAGUUAUCUUUUCCCAUCCAGAAGCUGGAUCGAUUGGAUUAUCUACCAAAGAAGCUGAAGCAAAAUAUGGUAAACAGAAUAUCAAAAUUUACAAUACUAAAUUCACCGAUAUGUAUUUCGGUAUGAUGGAUAGUGAUGACUUAAAAUCUCCAACCGCUUAUAGCAUUGUUUGUCUCUUACCAACUGAGAAAGUGAUUGGACUUCAUAUUGUAGGAGAAUCAAGUUCAGAGAUCUUACAAGGAUUUGGAGUUGCUAUUAAGAUGGGAGCUACUAAAAAGGAUUUUGAUAAUUGUGUUGCAAUCCAUCCCACUGCAGCAGAAGAAAUAGUUACAAUGACUUAG